AUGAUAUAUCUACCCUCUUUAAUUUCUGUUUUAGAAGUUUUAAUUGUAACAGUACCAGUCCUUAUGACAGUAGCUUUUAUUACCUUAGCGGAAAGAAAAACCAUGGCGAGUAUGCAAAGAAGAUUAGGUCCAAACAUAGUAGGUUACUAUGGUAUUUUACAAGCAUUUGCGGAUGCCUUGAAACUAUUGUUAAAGGAAUAUGUAUCACCCACACAGGCUAAUUUAGUCUUAUUUUUCUUAGGGCCAAUUAUAACCUUAAUUUUCUCAUUAUUAGGUUACCUUGUUAUACCUUUUGCACCUGGUUUAUCUUUAAAUGAUUUAAACUUAGGUAUACUAUACAUGUUAGCCGUAUCAUCUCUGGCUACAUAUGGAAUUCUAUUAGCAGGUUGAAGUGCAAAUAGUAAGUAUGCUUUUUUAGGUUCACUUAGAAGUACUGCACAACUAAUUAGUUAUGAAUUAAUCUUAAGUUCUGCUAUCUUAUUAGUUGUAAUGCUGACAGGAAGCUUGAGUUUAACGGUUAAUAUAGAAGCUCAGAGAGUUAUAUGA